UUCCCGUUUCAUCUCCACACUGACAAAGAAGCAGAAAGACCAACAAAUUACGUUUUUCCCUUUAAUUUUGUGAAUUUGCGAAAUUUUGAGAAGAGAGCAGAGAGAAAAUGAACAUAUUCAGAUUAGCAGGGGACAUGACCCAUUUGUUUAGUGUUCUUGUUUUGCUUCUUAAGAUUCAUACCAUCAAAUCUUGUGCAGGCGUUUCCCUGAAGACUCAGGAACUUUAUGCUCUCGUCUUCACUACUCGCUACUUAGAUUUAUUCACUACUUACAUCUCUUAUUAUAACACUAUCAUGAAGUUAAUAUUCCUGGGGAGUUCUUACUCGAUUGUAUGGUACAUGCGACAGCACAAGAUGGUUCGUAGAUCUUAUGAUAAGAACCAAGAUACAUUUCGCCAUUAUUUACUUAUGUUGCCUUGCCUAUUUCUUGCCCUUCUUAUAAAUGAGAAGUUCACUUUCUUGGAGGUAAUGUGGGCAUUUUCCUUAUAUUUGGAAGCGGUUGCCAUACUCCCUCAGCUUGUAUUGUUGCAAAGGACAAGAAAUAUUGACAACUUGACUGGACAAUAUGUGUUUCUCCUUGGUGCAUACCGAGCACUCUACGUAUUGAACUGGAUUUAUCGGUUCUUUACUGAGGAGAACUAUGUCCACUGGAUAACUUGGGUUUCAGGGCUUGUCCAGACCUUGCUUUAUGCUGAUUUCUUCUACUAUUACUUCCAAAGCUGGAAGAACAAUGUAAAGCUUCAAUUACCAGCUUGAGACAUGAAUGGUGCAAGUUUGUAAGUAGCAUACACAGAUAAACGCUGGUCUGAUUCGAUUACUGGUGCCUUACCAUAUGGCUUGAGAGAGAUUGCAGUGCCAUAUUCUUUAUAUGACAGAUUAACAGACAAGUCAUUUUGACUGACAAUAUCUUACUGUGGAUACUUUGUGAGGCUCAAUUUUCUUUUCAACUCUUCAUAUGGUUUAAUUGAAAACACAACAAAAACAAAAACAA